AUGGCCGUUAGGUCACCGUUGCCUGUACUUCCAUAUCGUGACGCCUCCAGCCCGUAUGCUGGGUCGGACCCAAUGUCUUUUGAAGGUCCCUCAGUCCCUGUUAGUGUCAGGAGUUCAACCUCUUCGAUUCCAGAUUCAAAUUCAAACAUCAGUGCUACAGAGUCUCCAUCAGGUUCCCCGGCCCCCACAUCACCGGAUAACACCCGGACGGAGCCAGAUCAAGAGAAGCAUGAAGAGAAGAAAUCCCCGUCAGCGACACCAAUUCAAAGUCCAAGACCAGCUAUACAACCAGGGUUGACGAAUCAAAUCGAAUCCGAAACCGAUGAAGCACGUGAAGAGGACGACUGCGAUGAUAACGAAUCGUCUUCCCCUGACACCGAGAAUGGCCAAUUAGCAAUUGCACCUGCUAAAAAGGUACUCAUCCGAACCUUCUGA